AUGGCGAACACAAAUCUAGAACAAAACAAAGAAGAUCAUGAACAUAGAUACAAAGAAUUGAAGGCUCUUGAUGAAUCAAAAGCAGGUGUAAAGGGACUUGUAGAUGCUGGUUUAUCCAAGCUCCCUAAAAUAUUCAUUCAUGAUGAUAAGAUUCAUGAAGAAACCACUUCCAACAAUCUCAGUAUUCCACUCAUUGACUUUGGACCUCUCUUUACAAACCCAACAAGUUCAAUUUCACGUUUAGAAAUUAUUGAGAAAGUAAAGUAUGCAAGUGAGAAUUGGGGAUUCUUUCAAAUAGUCAACCAUGGAAUUCCAACCACUGUUUUGGAUGAUAUGCUUGAUGGGGUGCUUAGAUUUCAUGAACAAGAUACUGAAAUCAAGAAAGAGUUUUAUUCUCGUGAUAUUACCAAAAGGGUUUAUUAUAAUACUAAUUUUGAUCUCUAUGUUAGUCCAGCUGUUAAUUGGAGGGAUACUCUAUCUUGUGUUAUGGGUCCUCAGCCUCUUGAUCCUCACAAACUGCCUACAGUUUGCAGAGAUAUAACAGUUAAAUACUCGGAGUAUGUUAAGAAAGUGGAAACAAUUCUGUUUGAAUUACUUUCUGAAGCAUUAGGCCUCAAUUCCAGUUACCUCAAGGACAUAGAUUGUGCGGAAGGAAUAUUUCUAAUGUCUCAUUAUUACCCACCUUGCCUUGAGCCUGAGUUCACUUUUGGCACAAGUGCUCAUUCUGACAGUAGCUUCCUCACUGUUCUUCUUCAAGAUCAACUUGGCGGCCUCCAAGUUUUCCAUGAAAAUCAGUGGGUUGAUGUCACACCAAUUCCCGGUGCAUUGGUCAUUAAUCUCGGUGACUUAUUGCAGCUAAUCACAAACGACAAGUUUCUGAGCGUUAAACACAGAGUGAUGGCACAAAAAAUUGGACCAAGAGUUUCAGUAGCAUGCUUUAUCAGGCAGCAUCUUCCACCUGAGAAUUUAAAAGUAUAUGGACCUAUAAGUGAGUUGCUUACACCAGAGAAUCCUCCAAUUUACAAGGAAACAUCAGUGAAGGAUUUGGUCUCACACUACUAUGGGAAAGGGCUAGAUGGUAAUUCUGCACUAGAUCACUUCAGGCUGUAA